AUGGAGAUGGACAUUGUGGACUCACUGCAGGUCCUGUCUGAUGUAUUUAUGGCCCACGGACACACGGCCAGGUUCCCCCGGCGUGCCUGGAGCCGGGACCAUGCCCAGCCUGAGCGUGGGCAGCAGGCAGAGCAGCAGCAGCCGGGUCCUCGUCUGAAGGGAGGAUGGAAGGAGGGCACGGUGCGGGCCCUGCUGCCCCUGCAGCUGGUUGUUGGUGUCAGUGUCGUGGGGGUUCUCAGCUUCUCCCCCAGCUCUGCCCAGGUGGGAGAUGCUGCACACAGGCACAGAGCAGCUGCUGGUGGGCGCUGCCCUCCCUCUCCUCGUGCCCAGGCUGGCUCCCAGCUCCUCCGAGUGACGCUGCAGGGCCAGCAGGACCCGCUGAGGAACCAGACAGCCGUGGUGGACAAGGCCAGGAGCACUGUCACCUACUACAUCACCUCCCGGAGCAACCUGAGCGCCGUGGUGCUGUACGACAGCAGGAACGGCUACGUGUGCUACAAGCCGCUGGAGCAGCGAGCCUGCUACCUGAGGAGGAUGGAGCCCUGGGACCUGCAGAUGGCUCUCAACACCUCCGAGCACAGCGCCGAGCAGCCGCUCCAGCCCAACAACCAGACCAAGUUCUACAGGGAGUUCCUGGGCAUUGUGGCCGGGCAGCAGCUGGAGCCCGGGGCGCUGGGGGAGGCUGUGCAGAGCCUGUGUGAGCACUCCUCCAUCCUCUGGGUGCGCAGAGCCCACGGGCCGGGGAGGCAGCGCCUCAUCUACCUGUGCAUUGACAUCUGCUUCCCCAGCAACAUCUGUGUCUCCAUCUGCUUCUACUACCUGCCCGAGUGAGUGCUGCAGCCACAGCCCCUCUGUGCCCUCACACUUGGACUGGAUUCCUCAAGGGCCUCUGACCUCCAUGAGGAAGGGAACACCCACAGCAUCCCCAGAGCUUCCUGCUGAUUCUGUGCUGCAGGUCAGGAGUUUAGAGAAACAGCAUCAGGAGAGUUUAGAGAAACAGCAACAGGAGAGUUUAGAGAAGCAGGAGGCCUCUGCUCAGCACUGUCAGCACAGACACUGCAGCUGUGCUCCAGUGCCUUGUCCGUAGGAAUUAGGAGAGCCAGGCCCAGAGGAAUCCCAGGAAGCAGCUGGAGGUUUGGGGCUCCAGGCUCUGCUCAGCACAAGGUGGCUGCUGUUACAUCUGGGGGUGGUUGGCUUUAGGAGAGCGGCUCUCCAAGGCACUCUGUGAAACACUUUGAA